UAAUUUGUUCAUUCCAUCUUACUAAAAAAAACUGUUAACAAACCGGUUAAAACAAAUAACUUAAGCAUUUAAAUAUUAAUAAUUAAGUCAAUACAUCAGUCGAGGUUAAUCUGGAGUGUUAAGUGGUCCAUCUAGAGUGAAAACUGUCAUCAAAAUGAAGAACGUGGUUGUUGUGUGCGCGUUUGUGCUGGUGGCUGCUCUUGUUAAAGGAAAUGUUGUGGAAAGGAGUAGAUCAGCCCUUAGAAGUUUAAAACCUGAUUAUGGUCAACCUUUCGACGAAAUCACAGUAAACUCCUCCUUAAACAUUCGCCGAAAAAAUCAAACUAGAACAGCGAGGGAAGCAGCCGGCCACAAAAGACAAAGCACAGCCGUUAAUCCCCAGUUGCCACCUGGAUUUCCAAGCUUCCCAGCAUUUCCCAGUUUCAACGUAGGUGCUUCGGCCGGAAGUGCCCAAUCUCAGGCCUUCAAUUCGCAUGGACCCGUUGCCGACUUUGGAGCGUCUGCCACUGGAUCACAAACACAGGCUUUUAAUUUCGGACCUGGUGGUAUAUCUGGAUCGGCUGGAAUUUCCGGUUCCCAGCAGUACAAUUUGAAUGGUAUGACAAUUGAUGUAUCGUUUGGUGACGUCUUCAGUGCAGCUGCUAAUGGUGGAGCUAAAAGUGGAGCUGAUGGAAAUGCUUUCUCUAUAAGUGUGACUGGACCCAAUGGAAAGAAAAUACCGAUUGCUCCUGCGGCUGCCUAAAUUUUGUAUUUUAUGUAAUAGAUUAUUAUAAAUGGAGACAUUUGAGAA